GGUUACAAUAAUAAAGUGGUUAAGUUACUGUUAUGGAACGGUCAUUUAAAACUAAACAAAAACAACAAUGACUAUCGGGUUGAAAGGAGACACGAACAGCAGUCUGCUGUGAUUAAUUUCAAUAUUUAGUCAGUAUCCAGCACGAGCACCUUCCUCGCGGACACCGUGCCUGGACAGUUGAAGACAUAAUGGAGGGCUCCGGAGAAACGGAGACUAGUGUGAGUCGAGGCGCGGGCCCUGACUCGCCGAGACCCCGGAAUGAGGACCGGGCCGCGGCGUUGCGAUUCGUGGCAGAGAGUGUGCUGAGCGAGAGGAAGGAGGAGGAGGAGGAGGAAAAGGAUAUCUGCUUCAACAUCCUCUCCUCCUUUAUCAACAGCCUGGACGACCGACAGUGGGAGACCAUACGGGACAGGAUGAGAGAACCACUGACACAGGUUCACCUGGCCCAGGUGUCUACGAGGAUCAUUGGGGUGGUGUCCGAGCUGGUGUCCCAGGUGCUGGUCCCGGCCCUGACGGUCCAUCUGCAGACCCAAGAUCCCUCGGAGGCUUCACCCAGUAAAUCUUGCAAAGAGGAGGAGACUCAGUGCAAAGACAGAAGCUCUGCCUCCCAAAUGUCAGCCGGUAGCAUGCUGGGAGAAGUGGCGCAGCAGGUGGACCAGGGCCAGGAACAGGCAGCAGAAGCCAGGUCUGCCUCAAAGAAGUCUGUGAGAUUUGUAGACGGGGCCCUCUGUGAAUUAGGGUCAUGGCAAGACAUUGAAAGUUUUUUGGAUCCGGCAACAGGGGAGGUGAUGUCAGCCAUCGUUCAAAGCUUGGACACCUGUCCAGAGCUGACAGAAGGCCCUGUUAGCAGACUCCUAAAAAACAUCGCCAUGCAAAUUCAAUUGUUAAAACGGACCAGGGAAGAGACAGAAAAACGAUCUUUGAAAGAGUUGGAUUUGGACUUGUGCUGCUGCAGCUGGUGGUGGUACCUCCAUGAGAAACUUCAGUGCUGCACCAGCAAAGUAAAAGAAGCCUUUAAAAAAAGCCCAAAGGAUAAAAGACCCCAGGAGGCAAGUUCUGAAGUCGGAGACGGAGACAGGUCGCCUCUUCAGGACAAGGCAACAACUUAUCCGAUGACUGUGUCCCCUGAGGAGGUUGUCAAAGAACUUUCAUGCAGUAGGUUUCGAGAUACGUGCCUGCAUAUACUGAAGGGAUUCCUCAUGAGGUCACUGCUCAUGUUUUCCCCGUAUUGUUUCAAGGGAAGGGCCAUCACGCAUGAACCCAACGUGGACUCUGUGGCCUCAGAUAUGUUGGACACUGUCUUAAACAGUGUCAAACAAUUGUCGGAGCCACAGCCAAGGAAAUGGACCUACCCAUGGCAAUGGUCCGAAAACACCAGCGUGUCUGAGAAACGUUUUGUCUCCACAGCCGUGGCGCUUAAAACCAGUUUGCAGGAGACGAUGCGGAAGUUUUAUAAGUCCUACAAAGAGGCUUCAGACAAACUGAGGGAGGACGAAAAGGAAGAGACAAGGAGGGUGUUGUCUGAUCUUCUUUCCAACACAAGGGAUGACAAAGCUGAGGACACCCAGGAGGGAAGUAGUAUUCAGAGCUUCCACAGCACAGCGACUGGUUUAUCGGAGUCUGUGGUCAACAGCAUGGCCGGCGUGGUGAAGUCUUUCCUGGAUGAAACGGAGCAGUCGUUGAAACAAGACGACAGCAGCGCCCUGGGUGACGACGCAGCACUGACCGGGCUGGAAAAGCUGAUCAGCCAGGACAAGCUGUUCACCUUCUCCAAGAUGCUGGCAGACAAGCUCGCUAGCAUGUUUGACGAACAGGCACAGAGGGCUCCUAGGUCGCUGGCUCCCGGCAGAAAGGCGUGGUCCGAUUCAGAACUCAGCCAGCCGACAAGAUGGUCUGUCGGUGUCAUCACGCCCACUGAGCAGGUGUACGUCUUCGUUGAGGAAGCCAUAAAGCGCCUGAUGACAUCGCUCAUCUUCCCUCCGGCAUCCUGGGGAAUGGGUAGAAUGAUCAAGGUCCAAAGCGGCUCUUCAGCCGACCCUGACUGGGAAGAGUCGUCGAAGAAGUACGAGGCCUCCAUACAAGCCUACUGUAUGCUGAUCGCCCAGCAGGUGAUACAGAUCCUCGGCAGCGCGCAUGCUUCCUCCAAGCUCCAGCAGGCAGUCGUUGAGCCAAAGAAAAAGAAGAACAUCAUCCAUUUCAUCCAGGAACUUAAAAACAAGAUCACGAGGAAUUGUAGGACUCAGACCAAAGAGGAGGUCUAAGACGUCCAGCUGGCUACAGAGGACAGACAAGUCAUUUUAACAUUUACUGCAUUACUAAAGACUACACCCUGAAACCCUACCUGUCCCCACAACCUCCUACCCAACGCAUUCCACCCUUCCUCAGCUGCCUACAUGUUAAAAUGACUUGCUGGCCCUAAGAAUUCUAGGAAAUGGCACCUUUACUUUUCCAUAUUAAAUAAAGAAAUGA